UUGAAUGGCCUUCAGUUAUUGCACGAUAACGGCAUUGCCCAUCUGAGCUUGGAUCUUCGCUCUGUGUGGCUUACAACCAAACGAAACUUUCGUCUUUCUGAUUAUUUUUUGAGGGCACUGGUGCUUGAGUUAUGCAACACUUUCACACUGUGCAAAGAUACAGCCGGUGAAAGCGUUUCUCAGCAAUGUGACAGAAAUCCACGUAACGAUUUGGUUACUUUGGGCGGCAUUUUUGAGGAAUUCAAAACAUUCUCAUCGGUUGCUGCCAAUUGCGGCUUCUUAAAAAAUCUGUCCAAUUUCAUCGAUUCAUGCCGAAAUGCGAAAACAGUGAAGGAUCUCUUGGAGCAUCCUUUUCUACGUCAAGACGAUUUAUUCGCCUCGUUACUGCCAUCCGUUGGCUUUGGAGAUGGUCUGCAGCAAGUUACUCAUAGCCGGUUUCAGGACGAAUUUGUUUUUGUGGAAAUGUUGGGAAAAGGUGGAUUUGGCGAUGUUCUGCUGGCAAAGAACAAGCUUGAUGGCAACGAUUAUGCGAUCAAACGAAUACCGCUGGAUCCGAAAGAUGAGCGAUUCAGUAGAAAAGUAACACGCGAGGCAAAACUGUUUUCAAAAUUAAACCAUCCAAACGUUGUUCGAUACUAUAGUGCAUGGAUUGAUCAUCAGCCUGUGACAAAACCCAGGCAAAGCAGCGAACAUGACCGGAAAAGUACUGGAAACGGGCAGAAGGAGGAGAGCGGAGAUGAGUCAGACUCACUGAUGCCGUUACAAGUAAGAAACAUCGAGAAGAUGGCAAACCGGCUAGCCGUAGACGCAACCUCCGAGUGGUCCACAUCGUUUCAGCCGACAGCUUCGCGUGUACACGAGCAAGUUUCGGAAGAAGUGCGACGAGUGCCAGUAGAAACACUGUUUUCUGCAGGCGCUCCUAGCGCCAUCGAAAGUUCCGACUUCGUUCUUUUGGAAAUUUACUUUAGCUUGCAAGCAACAUUCGGAAAAGGAGUCGUGGAAGUGCUAUUUGAGGAUGGAGGUGAUAAUGAAUCUUGUGACGACGAUGAAGAUGAUGGUAACGAUGAAGCCUCCACAUCACCUACGGAGUCUCAUGUGGAAACCUCAUCCUCAUCAGGCCUAAGAAUUCUGUACAUUCAAAUGGAGUACUGUGAAAAGUCGACUUUACGAAAUUUAAUUGAUAGUACAAAACUUUUGAGAAAUCCGCGACAAGCAUGGCGUCUGUUCCGUGAAAUAUUGCUUGGAUUGCAAUACAUUCAUCAGGAAGGCAUGAUUCAUCGAGACAUCAAGCCGGUCGGUUUUGUCUUUUUUGAGGAAAUGAAUAUACUAAUUGAUGGAAAUGAUCACGCCAAAAUUGGUGAUUUUGGUCUUGCAACACGCGAAAUGGUCUCCAAGAAUCUUGGCAUUGUUCUGUUUGAAAUGUUUUAUCGUCCGCUUUUGCCGGGCAUGGAAAGGAUCGCUACGAUAAAAGUUCUUCGUAGCUGUGCACAUUUCCCAUCCGAUUUCGCAAGCGGCUUGCUGGAGAAAUUGAUAAAAUGGAUGCUGGAGUUGCAACCCGAAGACCGUCCAUCGGUGCAAAACCUCCUCGAUAGUGAUCGUGUUCCAGUUGUUGAAAUUGAAGAAAAUGAUUUUCAGGUAUGAUC